AUGCCUCUUUUACAUGCAGACUGCUUCGGUGAGAGACUGCUUCGCUUGCAGCCUCAUCCUAGUCAGUUGCUCUAUGGCUACGUGGGGAUGAGGGGCACUUUCUGUCAGUGGCCAUUCACUGGUGGACCUUCUUUGUAUCUUACCCGUCAGGUCUUCCGUAAGAUUUCAGCUCCUCUUGAGCCUGAACUUCCCACAAACGAGCUGCUCCAGCCUUAG